AUGAAAUAUUGGACCACUCUCCACAUAAAUGCCCAUCCGGAUCAUGUUGAGGAGAGCUCUUUCGUUUCAUCAAACACCAUCUCGAAUCUUGUUAUCUCUGACCUAACCCCAAAGCUUGAUGUGACAACCAUCAAUGUGAAACGGCGACGCGUUGAUCAAUUGACAUCACACGAUCACAGUCCUCCACUCUCGAAACUACCGAGCUUCACUGUUGACAUCAUGUUUCGAACCUUCCUAGGUAAAUCAAGGAAACGUGACGGGUUCGACAUCAUUGUUCAUAGCGAAGGCCGAGAGGGAAUGAAGUCUGAAGCACGAAUGCAUAGCAUUAUUAUUUCCUCCUCGGUGUAUAGUACAGCAAAUGAGGUUCUCGUCUCUCAUCCCCAAACCCCAAACCCCAACCCUAAACCCCAGCAUUACGGACCUCAAUCAUCACAUCUCCAGACGCUUCUUUUUGAUACCCGAUCAAAACCCUAUUCCCAAUUGCCGUGA